AUGUCUCCCAAAAAUCCUCCUUUUGAAUGCGGUCAGUCUCCCGCCUCUCCGGUUAUCAAGCGGCUCCGUCGCAUGCUGACCAUCAAUACUGAAGACUUGAUGGAAGAUUUUGGCGAAUUUUCUGAAUUCGUCAAGGAGCUUAACGACUACUGCUGGAGGUUGACCAAAGAAGAGAAACGCUUUCUCGAUAGUGUGCUUCGUCUGGAGAAGGAACUGAAGGAUAGUGCAUCCUUUGUGAUCGCUGUGGAAAAUGUGAAGGAGUGCCACGCCGAAGUCACUGAAGCUGUUGACAGCCAGAUAGAGAUUACGAAGGAGACUAUGGGUGUGCAAGAGGAGAUCUUGGGGAUAUGCUUCAAUGAGGAGCGCAGAGUGGAUGAUCGUUUGGCGAUGCUGAAUAAGGAGAUGAAGCCGCUGGUGAAGAGGAAAAGGGCUCUUCAAGGCGAGAUUAGGGAUGACAUUGCUAAGUUGAUUUCCCGGCGCCAUUCUUUGGUGGACCUUCUGGACAAACAAAGCGAACUAAGGGAGGAUCUGAAGCCUAUUGACGAGAAUAUGGUGAAGGCGAAGAGGUCUUUAAUAACUAAAAUGGGUCAAAUUUUGACUCCUUGGAAACGUAAAAGUGACAUUUUUCGAGAUGGUCAAAGCUCGGUGGCUCCAACUUCACUCGCUCCCGAAGAAAGAAUGAGGACCAUUUCGAAUGAAGAAAGACUGGCGUUCUUGGCGAAAGCUCGUCAACAAAAAACCAAUCCUGCUGCUGGCGUUGCCGAUCCUCUGAGGCAGCUACAAGUGGAGGAGGCUGGAGUUAAAGAGGGACGGAGUAAGAGAAAGCAUGACGGGCGCAUCCCUGUUGAGAUUCCAGGAAAGGCGGCUGCUAAAGAGGGUGUCGUCCCGCCACUUAAAAAACAAAAAACUGAGAAGACUAUCCAACCAGCUGGAGAUGCCGACAAAGGCAAAGGCGUAGCUUCUAGUUCUUCUCAGCCUCCCUCCCAAGACGCCGAUGCCGAUGCUCCUCUUACCUGGAGCUCUUUUGAUCCCUUUGAUUUCAUUGAAAGGGGAGUGACUAUGGUUGGCGAUAUGACUCGCUUCACCAACACUCCUACCGCAGAUCUCAGGAAGAAAGCUUUGGAAUACGAGGUGAAGGGCACUCUUCUCAAUUACUUGCUGACAAAUCGCCAAGAACAAGAGGUCCAAGAGGCGAAGCAGAAGGUGAAGACCGUUGAUGACAACCUUGCUGACAUUGAGAAGAGAUAUACUGAGACCAAGACUAAGUUGGAGGCAGAUAUUAAGAAGCUGAGGGAUAGCCAGGAGAGCGAGGCUGAGAGGUUGAAGAAGGAAUAUGAGGAUAAGCUGGCGAAGGUGAAGGAAAGUUAUGCCGCCUCCGAGACCAAGCUGAAAGAGAAUGCUGCUGCUCAAGAUGAGGUGAUUUCUAAGCUUUCUAAAGAGAAAGAUGCAGCGGUGUUCUCCGUGGGGAGCUUGGGCGAAGAGAAGGAGAGGUUGGAGACUGACGUGAAGGAGCUUCAACUGUAUGCUGCCAACCAGUAUGAGGAAGGCUUCGCCUAUGCCCUUGAGCAAGUCAAGCUUCUUUUCCCAGACCUCGACGCCAAGCGCUUAGCUGAAGCUGAUGCGAUGAACCAGAUUAUUGACGGAAAGCUUGUUCCCUAUGUACCUCCCAGUGAAUGA